ACAGUGAGGCAGUGGGUGGUGCGUUUCAUUAGUGGUGACAGGGGGGCAUCUCCACUGGUGCAGGUUUUGAAAAGCACAGCAUGCAGUCUCUUAUUCAUUGCAGGCAAAAAAUGCGCAAUUAGUGGUGGUGACUGUGCUGAAAAAAUACAGUUUUGUAGCUGAGAAUUUGCACUAUUAACUAGUGUUAUUGUGCUCUUUCUUAUGUGUUGUAGUUUCCAUGGAUAUAGUUAGGAGGCAUUACUUUGGGAACAACUGAUGACUGUGCAGCCCAAGACAACUCCCCUUCUCUCUGCGCGGCCCAGGCAAGCCAGAAGGUCGGACACCCAAGUCAUAGGAGGAUCUUCCCGAGGCGUUGCUGUUGCUCGCGAUGCCCACGAGGUGGAGUGCACAGGAAGAAGCUUCUUGAUAUGAAUAACCAUCAAGCUGUAGCUACAGUCAGGGGUCUGUAUGAGAACAGGAAGAGCAGUGGCUCUAACUGCUGCAGAUCCCUAGCGGGGGAAGAUGGGGAUCUCACAGCAAGCUGGAUGGUGCAAGAAGCCUGUGUCACCCAUGAACACAAGAGCUGCCUUGGAAGUGGUCAGGAACACCCCAAGAACUAUUGUUCUGCUCACCAUUGCUGCAGUCACAGGAUCUACAGGAAAUAACAGAGUAUCAGCAGACCUGGGUCACAGCACUGUGAUGAUCUGCCCUAACACCACAAGUAUUUCUAUGGUAACAUGGAAAAUAAGCACCAAGACUGGAGGCCUCUGCACCUUGGCAUACAGGUUUGAUCAGAAAAAGACAGACAGAACGAACUGCAGUGACAGAAUGAACUGGAGAUCCAGACCAGACUGGGACAGGGCACUUAAGAUACAGCAAGUAGGAAUGGCUGAUGAGGGAAAUUACACCUGUGAAGUGGUAAAUGCGGAUGGGAAUUUCCACUCCCAUUAUCACCUGACUGUGCUAGCCUCCCCAAGAACGAACUUGUACUGCGAUGACCAUGGGAACCCUGUGUGCGAGGCAGAGACAGUGCAGCCAGCUGCUGAGAUCUCGUGGGUCCCAGAGAGCAACUCCACACCCAGAGCCGACAACCAUGAUAAUGGGACAGUGACUGUUCUCAGCAGGUUUGCAGCAUCUAGCACCAAUGGGAAGAAUCCUACCUGCAUUGUGUCCCACACAACUCUGAACGAGACCAAGUCCAUAACCUGCUCCCCAGUCCACAUUGCAUGGUUUCUUCACUGUGUCAUCAGCCUUGCUUGUCUGCUGGCCUCCUUUUUCCUUUUGGCUGUUCUCCGCCUCUGCAUAUUCCGUAAUGCCAGGUAUGUGCAAGACGUGACACACAAAACACAAAACCCCUCUGGUCACAGCUAGAGAAGUUUACAAGGGCUUCUGGUACUAUUUCACAUCAUGUGCAGUCAUCUCAAUCUGUCACAAGUGAGCCAGUUCAGCACAUGUUCAUGCAGGUUUAUCAGAGGUCUGUAACAUCACAGUUGCUCUUAGAAUCCAGUCGUUAGUGUUAGAGACCCACCUCCUGCUGCCAUACUUCUUCCAGCAGAAAAAAUACAAGACGAAUGGUCAGUUCAAUUCCAUCGAUCAGAUAGAGAAAACAGGAUUACCAGGCUAUGAAGAUUAAGUGACAGCAAAAUAUCUUUCUGAGGUUCUGACGUAUACAGACUUUUGGACAAUCUUGUCUUACUCAGACAAAGGUAAGGAAGGCAGGGGCAAUGCAGAUGUGCAGGAAGUAUUGCGCAAGAUCAGAAUCAGCCAGUAACUGUUCUAGAGUUCUGGCAGCAAUCUGGCAGCAUGGCCAAUUAUCAGAGUUAGCCUCUCUACCACAAUGUGCACCUGCUAUCCAGAGUUACAGUACAAACAAGUAAUGCAGAAACAGAGCUAAUGUAAUCUCACAUGAGAUUACAGAUAUAUAUAUAUACAGAUAUAGAGCUUAGUGUUUCUGAGAUUCCCCACCAAAAUAAAUAAAGAGGAAGAAUUCUGUUCUUACAUUCCUAGAGCCCCAAACUGCAUUUUCCAAAAAAUCCUACUCCUCACAUUUACAGUAGUAAUGUCUUGU